AUUGUCAAUAAUGUACCAACUUCACCUGCUGUUGGACAACUGGAUCAGAAGAACUGGAAUUUGUUAUCAAAAUACUUGAGCAAUAGCACACAAAGGACUUCGAAUGCAAACCUCAAUGUAUUUUCCAAGAUUCUUCUGGCGAACAUGAAAGCACGAAGUAAGUCCCUAAGAACAAGCAUAAAUAUACACUCCUCUGUGACCUAGGAAUUCAAAAUUCUCAACUGAGGUAGCCCACUAACCAGGUUUUCACAGAGGGAGGGAGAGCACAAGAGGAAGAGUGAAAGGGAGACGAAACUUUACUUGCACCCCCCCCCCCCCCUCUUGCAAGAACAUUUAAAUCCCAAAGGUGGAAAAAUGAGAAUUAAACCGAUCACUCGAAAUCAGAUAACAUUUGGUCAUUUUUUAUCGCAAUCAUAUCCCAUAUAGGUGUCAUUUGACAGCUAAAAACAUGAUCUUUAUAAUAGGAAAAAAUACCCUAUUGACGUAUACAACAACUCGAACGGGAAAACCGAGGCCGCUUUUGCAUAUUUUUGAUGUUUUCAAACUGAGCCAAAGCCAAUCAUCAGCGGGUUAUUUUGACUAAACACUUUCUGGUUAUGAACUUAUGACUAAAUAACCCGCUGGCGCUAGUGAUUUGUUUUUCAUUAGUUUGAAAACAUUAAAAAUACGGCCCCUCGGUUUGCCUGUUCGAGCUGUAAUUAACGCGCAAUAACAUGUCAAAAUUGGAUUAGCUUUUUUAAUUUUAUGCACCCUGGUCCCUGUAUAUAUAAAGAGCCUAGAUAGUUUCAGAGAUAGUCUAGUUUGUUGUAGACGUCAGUUGACCUGCAGUAUGCUUUGAAAUAAAAUCGAAAUAUCACCAUAUAAAAUGUUCUUUGAUUUUAAUCCGCCAUAUCUUAGAUUUGGAAUUUUCUGACUGGCUAGCAGCCAACUAUGAGAUCGUCAUAUCAACUGAAUAGUUGUCCAAAUAUGGAGUUUUGACAUAACAUAACGGAGUGACGUCAUAACGUUGAUAUGAAAAAGUAGUAUUAAUGCUGUGAGGUCAUGCCAAUCACGACUACCCUGCUUCCUAUACAACCGACCGCUCUUUCAUCUUUUAAAUAAAUAUCAAAACAAUUAUUGAAUUCGGUUUUCGCAUAUAUAAAAUAUCAUCAAGACCUGCAUGUCCUUCGGCUUCGUUGAUAACACAAACUUCCGCUUUAUAAUUCUUCAUGCCCAACUGGGAAAAUCAUAUAUUUGGUGUCUGCAAUUUUGGUAGCCCACCCCUUAAUAGCUGCUCGAAAAUUUUGUACCCACCCUUAAAUUGGUGCUGAAAAAUUAUGACCCAUUUUGUCGAUGUUAAUAAUGAAAGAAAUUAAAAUAAACUCACUACAGAGGAACCUCUACUGAAAACGGAGACCUCCAUGCACUUAGAUCAGGUUCCGAGUUUAAUAAUUGAAAUUUUUAUUGUACGGACAAUAUAUCGGCAAAUAAUGAAUAGGAGGAUCCACUGCAGUAUUAAUAAACUACUUGUUGUUCGCUUUCUCUGUUUAGCAAAGGUUGGAAGAACAGAUGAUGGCGUAUAUCUCUUCCAAGGCGAUAUUAAAAUAAAUCAAAAGCAACUGAGCAAGUUGACAGCUCCAGGAAAUAAAGGACGCAAAAAACGAGCUCUCUUGAGUGACAAAACUAGCUUGUGGCAGUCACCGAUCUAUUACGCACUCAGUCCUAGUCUCAGCAGUAAGUGACUAGCUGCAGCGAGUAGGGCAUGCAGUGUGGCACACACCCCGACACUGGCAGAUUUCUAAAUAAACAUCCCUCAGGGGCCAGUUCACGUGCCUGGUUUCAACUAUACUUUUUAAUUAACCUAUUAUUUUGUACUUACACGUUAUAGGUAACACUCAAAAUACGCGAUUGUCAUUGGUUAACUUUCCUCGGAACUUUUUUAAAGCACAUAAACGUUCAUCUAUAUAGAUAGUAAUAGAUUUAUAGAAUCAACACAUUUUAUGUAUGUAACUAUUUGUCAUUCAUUUUUUCAGAAAAUGCCAAAACAGCAAUUGCAAGUGCAAUCAAAGAAUGGCAAAGGGUGCUACCGUGUGUGAAAUGGAUCAAAGGCAAGGUUGCUAUGAAGCAGCAAGGUUAUCUUUACUUUAUUAAAGCAGAUGGGUAAGAAUAAUAUAAAAUGUUCUUUUAAUUGCAGCAUAUUUGUAUUCACAUAUUCACAUAAAUUCAAAAAGGCACAAAAUAGGACUAUCUGGAUUGAAAACAGUGAAAACCGUGGAGUAAAUUUGUAAAUUUAUGCAAUGCAUGCAUGGAAUGUCAAAAAUAACCCUUACAGACUACAGUUGCGCUCCAAGAAAGGAAGGGUCACAACACCAAAACGGUGUAAUCAUUGCAGCCAGACUGAGCCAGUGGCGUACCGACACCAUGCAUUCCGACAGAGGGAGGGGGGUGGGGGGUUCUCGAAAUGAAUAAAUAUAUUGUAUACGUACUUCCUAUACAAUCCAAAGCAGUAUAACCAGUAUAGUCUUAUCGAUGUUUGGAAAUACUAUAAGCUACUAAAACCUUGUCCAAUCAAUUUAACCUUUUGAAUCUGAUUCUAGUUUGAAGCCAUCGUUAUAAAACGUCUAUCUUAUACAUUAUGACCAUGCAUGCAUAUAAAAAGCAACGAAAUACAGAAUUAAUAGAACUUGAUAAAUAUCAGAAGUCAGUUGGGCAUCCCAUGCACUCGACAGAACUAAAUUUUGCCGAAGGGGUUUUCAGUGGUAGAUGGAUAGCUUAAAAUUAAAAUAGUCUUUAGUUUUAGUUAUUUUUGGUUUUGAAUAUUCAAAAGAGUAUGCAUGAUUAGAGUGAGAACUCCAAGAACUUAUAAUUCUGCAACAAGUCCAGUUUAGUAUAUAUACCCUGAAAUUUAUCGGCUAUAGAAAUUGUAUUAUAUUUAUACAUGAUUGUGUAACACUGAAAUAAACUAUCUCUAUUUAAGUUGCUUUUCAAACGUCGGUCGAUCUGGCGAAAAAGCCCAAGAAAUAUCUAUAGGAGAUGGCUGUGAAGAUCAUGGAACUGUUGUGCAUGAGAUUG